AUGAAUAUUUAUAUUUUAUUUUUCUUUAUUUGGCAUCUGUUGUCUUUUGUAUUAUGUAAUAAACCAUGUUCACGUGAAGGCAGCCGAAUUGUUCGUGAUUAUUUUACACGCGCACUUGGUCCAAUUUUUGAAAAAAAUCACAUAGCUAUUCCACUGGAAUGUGCUUUUUCACCUAUGCGAGAUGUUUUCUAUCGACAAGAAUUGCAUAAACUGAAAAUAUCAAAUGACAAAUGGUUAUGCAAAUUUUGUAAUAAAACAUUCCUAUCAGAAUAUUAUCUUGAUAUGCAUUUUGUUAAUCGACAUAAUAAUACAUUAUUACAAAAUGCACAAUCCACAUGUUUAUCGGAUUAUUGUUCAAUUUUUCGUUGUGAUGUGCUCAAACGAAGAAAAAAAUCUUUGAGAUCUUUAAAUCCAUUAGUAGGUGGAUCUUUGGGAACAAAACGAAAAACUAGAAAAAUUAUUAAUCAACAGCAACUAAGUAUUUUACGAAAUCAUUGUACUUCACUUAUUAAUCAAUGCAUUCCCGAUCAUGUUCAUUAUGAUAUACGAAUUAAAGUACAACAUCAAAUGCAUGCUGAAGUUUGUGCUUUUCUAACAGCUAAUAGAUACUUUGAAUUACCAACAUAUCGUAAACCUCUAGUCAAUUUAACAGUUGUUUUUUGUUUGGUUGUUUUUAUUGGCAUGUGUCUUGUUGGUAUCGGUGUUGUGACACAUUCUGAUUGGAAAUUGGAUGAAAAUGAUGAGUAUCCAACAGAAAAACAGCAUCUAUCCGAUGAAUCGAUAUCUACAGCAACUAGUCUUUUGUCAACUGCUCCAGCAAGUGGUAUUUUGAACUCGCCGAAAACAACAGCUUCUUCUGUUCGUCAACGAGUUCAAUUUAAACCAAGUGAAAGUGCAUGUCAACAUUCACACUCUCCUUCUUCUUCUACUCAUCAUCAUCAUCAUCAUCAUGAGCAUAGUUAA